AUGAGCGCAACCCCUCAGAUCCCCAACCCAGCUCAUAUGCUUGCGGAAUCCAUGUUGUCCCGACACUUUGGCAAAGAGACGGUCAAUUACUUCUCCAGCUCCCCAAUCAACCGUCUAUCGUUCUUGCGCUCUGAUCAUCCGUUCCUGUCUACGGCCCUGAAGCACCCUUCGGCCCGGUUUGUUUUGUUGAACAACCUAGCGCCUUUGACUCCGUCCCCGGCACAGCUACACUAUGCCAAGUAUGAUGACGUGCGCAAGCUUGUGCCCCAGGAUAUCUUUGAUACAUCCGAGGAAGACAUGAUUAAGAGCUAUGAUUCGCGCAAGACACACCCAACCCUUAUAUUCCUCGGACUGGACGAGAGUCGCAAGGAAGGAGGGUUGGCAUGGAAGAUAUACUCUGGAACGCCGUAUUUCGCAGUCGAUGUGACCCCCAGGGGCUCCGAAGAGCAGCAGGUUGCAGCGAAAGGUGUGAUCAGUGCCAUGGAGGAGAAGGGGUUGUCUUUCUUCCAAACACGAGUUGUCAUGUCCUUCUCCGCCGAUGAAGCUGCUAUCUAUGCACAGGCACGUGCGUUGAUGGACUGGAACACUCGCAAUAUCUUCUGUGGUACAUGCGGCCACCGUACUUUGGCGGUGAAUGCAGGAACUAAGCGUGCCUGUCCACCGACAGAUGUUGCACGGGCAACUGAGGGCAAGACGGAAGAGCGUCCAGAAUGUAAUACUCGUACUACGCUGUCAAACCUUUGCUUCCCCCGCACCGAUCCGACUAUCAUCGUGGCAGUGGUCUCUGCCGACGGCAAGCGCAUCCUGCUCGGUCGCUCCAAACGGUUCCCGCCAGGGUGGUAUUCUACCUUGGCUGGAUUUAUUGAGCCAGCCGAGUCAAUUGAGGAUGCUGUUCGGAGAGAAGUGUGGGAGGAAUCAGGUGUCACAUUGUCCCGCGUUGUUAUUCACUCCUCGCAGCCUUGGCCGUAUCCGGCCAAUUUGAUGAUUGGCGCUAUUGCUCAGGUCAGUGACCCCGCGCACGAGACUAUCUCUUUACAGCACGAUCCUGAGUUAGAGGAUGCGCGGUGGUUUGAAAUUGAUGAGGUAGAGGAGGCGUUGCGCAUUGGCACCAGUGACUUGAGCGCCCAGGCUGGCCCGGAAUACAAGGGGGGGCUGCGAUUGCCUCCUCCUACGGCAAUUGCCAACCAGUUGAUCAAGGCUGCUGUGAGCGCGGAAUAUUUUGCGGCAGAAAAGCAGUCUAAGAUGUAA